GCCUAUUCAACAAUACCACAACUUGGAGUAAAAAUAAGAGUAGUCCACUCCCACACUCAAAAUCACAAUCCCCCUCUAUACUCUCUCUCUCCCUCCUUCCUUACUGGGAAAGAUGAGAUUAAGAUAUGGUCCUCCACUCUUUUAAACGGACCGUUCUUAAAAACUCCGUUACAUCAAACAACCCCGUUAAGUUAUGCCCGUCCAAAAGUCUUCAACACAACGCACUAAAUGGCGCUCGAACAAUUGUCUCUAGCUCCGGCUCCUGUUUAUGCCGACUCCGACGCCGUUCCUAACGGCGCUGACGGCCGUCCAACCUCCGUCGACGGUGGCGAUGACGCCAACAAAGCUCCUAGACUCCCUCGCUGGACUCGGCAAGAAAUCCUCGUGCUCAUACAAGGCAAGAGAGUAGCCGAAAGCCGGGUUCGUAGAGGGCGAACCGCCGGUCUAGCAUUCGGCUCUGGUCAAGUAGAACCCAAGUGGGCCUCAGUUUCUUCGUACUGUAGAAGACACGGGGUAAACAGGGGACCGGUUCAGUGCCGGAAAAGAUGGAGCAAUUUAGCCGGAGAUUAUAAGAAGAUAAAAGAGUGGGAGUUACAGAUAAGGGAAGACACGGAGUCGUUUUGGGUGAUGAGAAAUGAUUUGAGGAGAGAGAGGAAGUUGCCGGGAUUUUUCGAUAGAGAAGUUUACGAUAUACUGGAUGGUGGUGGUGGUGGUGGUGGUGGUGGAGGGGGGUCGGAGGCUAUGGGUUCCACGGGGUUAGUUUUGGCCUUGGCCCCGUCGAAUAGGGCGGAAGGUGAAGAGGUGGAAGUGGAGGGGGAGGCAGUGUUUGAUAGUGGGCGGAGCGCGGCGGCGGAGGAUGGGUUGUUUUCGGAUUUUGAGCACUCGGGUCAAGAAGAAGUUGGUGGCAGUACGGAGAAAGAAUUCAAGGAAGGGCCGACAACGACGACUUUACCUGCUCCGACUCCGACUCCGACUCCAAUUUCAGGUACGACGCAUGAGAAACAACCAACUUCAAAGCCCGAACCAGGAACUACUCAGGAAGGACGAAAGAGGAAACGAUUAGCCACAGAUGGAGAUGAAGAAACAACAAAUGUGCAGCAUCAGUUAAUUGAUGCGUUGGAAAGAAAUGGCAGAUUGCUGAGCUCUCAACUUGAAGCUCAGAACACCAACUUUCAGUUGGACAGGGAACAACGGAAAGAUCAUGUAAAUAGCUUAAUUGCUGUUCUUAAUAAGCUUGCAGAUGCAAUGGGAAGAAUUGCUGAUAAAUUGUAGUGAAGAGCUCUUAUAGUAUAGUGUACAUAACAAUAGUUCUCUCUGAGCUCCAAGAAUUGUUGCCGAGGCUGAAGGAUCUGGUCAGUCACAGCUAAUAUUUGUCUUAGUAUCACAUCCAAGAUGGCUUCUCACAUUUUUUCCCCAUUUUAAUAUCUCUUAUAUAUCUUGCUGUACUUUUUCCUAUUGAGGCUUUUGCCAUUAUAGGUUUAUACACAUAAUAAGGUGUGGGAAUUUGGAAGUCUGACAGUGCCUUUCUCAUAUAUAUUAUUAUAGGCUAUAAGAAGGUUUUUGUCUCCUUUUUGUUGCAGUGAUUGUACAGAUUUCAGGUAGAAUAUGCUUGUAGAAGUGGCUGUUUACUUGAUUGUUGAUGUAACAAUUUCUCUUUUAAGAGAAAG